GGUCCGGUUCGGUUCAUUAAUCCUUUUCCUUCAAGCAGCGGCCACUUUCCUCCUCCUGACCGUCUCACGUACCCUUCAUAUUACGGCCUAUUAUCCCCCUCCUCGUCGUCCUAUAAACACAAACAACCUUUCUCUCUUCUCCACAUUCACUCCUUCCUAGCAAAACCCAGAAAACCACAAACCCAAAUUCACUUUCAUUCACUUUCAAACAAUGAAGUCCGUUACAGCUGCAACGCUUCUGCUGCUCUGCCUUAUGCUCGCCUCCUCUGUUUUCGAUGUGGCAGUCGCCGGCUCAGAUAUGUGCGACUCGAAGUGCGGGGUAAGGUGCUCGAAAGCAGGGAUGAAGGACAGGUGCCUAAAGUACUGCGGGAUCUGCUGCGACAAGUGCCAGUGCGUGCCCUCUGGGACUUCUGGCAACAAGGACGAGUGCCCUUGCUACAGAGACAUGAAGAACUCCAAGGGCAAGCCCAAAUGCCCCUAGAAAUUUGUCAUGUGUGAUUAAUUACUCUGUUUUAUGUGAAAACCCUGAUGUUUAGGGUUACUCUUCUUCCUUCUUUCUUCUUAUGUGUGUUUUGGUUUGUGUGUAUUGCUUACUACAUAUGCAUAAUUGCAUACUUCCCCUGCCUUUAUGAAUAUAAGUUAAAGUAAGUUAAUUAGCAAUAUGGAAAAUCUGGUAUGAAUUAGAUCGAGACGUAAGACGGAGUCAGAGUGUCGCUUCAUAAUCAUAGUUCAUAGACGGAUUCGAAGUCUUUUGAUUUUGUUAUAGGACAGAUGUAAAAUUUGGUCAACGAAUAAUAAUUUUUUAUAUGUUCGUACAAGUGAUCAAACUCGCCAUCUUGAGCUGAAGCAGCUUCUUGUUGGAGUUUUUAGAUAAGUACUUUAAAAAAAAAGCAGUUGAGUGUUUGACUGUAAAACUAUUAGAAGUGCUUUUUAAUAUAAGAGGUUGUGUAAA